AUGGUCUUCGAUGGACCCUACCCGACUUAUAGUGGUUCUAUGGAGCGCGUCAUCAAUGAUGCCCUCUCUUCCCCAAGCCACGAAGACGUAGACGAUAUUUUAUCCACCUCGACUUCUAUCCACAGAACCAGCUUCAAGUUUCCGCGCUAUAUCAGAACUUGGCUGUUCUCACGACCCAUCUUAAGGCGACUUAGAUCUUUUGGAAUCCAACAAGAGAAUGGUUCGGUUGAUUCGUCUUCUUCAAUCUCUAUCCAGUCGGUUGCAGGAGAUGAUAUUCUAGAUCGAUUGCCCGAGGGUGGCGCUUCGAUUGGAAAACUUGUUCAAUCGAUCCAAAAUAUGGAUAAAUGUCGGACGCCAUUAGAAGCUAGCGACACUGCCACUGAAAUCACUUGUAUUAGUCCAUGUGGAAGUUUAAUGAGCUCGCCCGGGGGCGAAGGUGUUCAAAAUAUACAGAUGACAUCAGAAAUGUCCCCCAGUGGGGUACGUGGCCUGAGUGUGGGAAUGGAGAUAUAUUCGAGAACCGGGGAGCGAGAGAAGAAACGCAUGAUAUUGAAGAAACGAUACUUAGAAAUUCAUGAUGGGAUAUGGGACUCAGCCGUGGGCACAUUUAUACCGAACGCUUGGCCAUUACCCGGGUCUGGAGUUAAGACUGCUAUUAGCAGACCAAAGGUUUCGAGAAAGGGCAAGGGAUGA